CUCUCGGCGCCCGCGCAGCCCGGCGAGCCAGGACUAGCGGCCCUGUCCCUGUGAGUCCCGAGAUCUUGGCCAUGGCCACUCCAGAUGUGAGCGUCCACAUGGAGGAGGUGGUGGUGGUGACCACACCGGACACUGCCAUGGAUGGCAGCGGCGUGGAGGAGGUGAAGACUGUGUUGGUGACCACCAACCUGGCCUCACACGGGGCUGACCUGACCGAGGAGCACAUGGAGACAGAGAAUGCCGCCGCCGCCGCCGCUGCUGCCUUCAGCGCGUCCUCGCAGCUCAAGGAGGCUGUGCUAGUGAAGAUGACUGAGGAGGAUGACAGCCUGGAGGCCGAAAUCGUGUACCCCAUCACCUGUGGGGAGAGCAGAGCUAACCUCAUCUGGAGGAAGUUCGUGUGUCCCGGUAUCAACGUGAAGUGUGUGCAGUAUGAUGAGCAUGUGAUCAGUCCCAAGGAGUUUGUGCACCUGGCGGGCAAGUCCACGCUCAAGGACUGGAAGAGAGCGAUCCGGAUGAAUGGCAUCAUGCUCAGGAAGAUCAUGGACUCGGGGGAGCUGGACUUCUACCAACAUGACAAAGUCUGCUCCAACACCUGCCGCAGCACCAAGAUCGACCUGUCGGGCGCCCGCGUGUCCCUGAGUAGCCCCACUUCCGCCGAGUACAUCCCACUCACCCCCGCCACUGCCGACGUGAAUGGCUCCCCAGCUACCAUCACCAUAGAGACCUGUGAGGACCCCAGUGACUGGACCACGGCCAUUGGAGAUGACACAUUUGCCUUCUGGCGGGGCCUGAAGGAUGCAGGAUUGCUAGACGAGGUCAUCCAGGAGUUCCACCAGGAGCUCGUUGAGACCAUGCGGGGCCUCCAGCAGCGAGCCCAGGACCCCCCACUGCAGCUUAGAGAUGCCGUCCUCCUCAACAACAUUGUGCAGAACUUUGGCAUGCUGGACCUGGUGAAGAAAGUGCUGGCCAGCCAUAAGUGCCAGAUGGACCGCUCCCGGGAGCAGUAUGCCCGUGACUUAGCAGCGCUGGAGCAGCAAUGUGAUGAGCACCGCCGACGGGCCAAGGAGCUCAAGCACAAGUCCCAGCACCUCAGCAACGUGCUCAUGACGCUGACGCCCGUGUCCCUGCCGCCCCCCAUGAAGCGGCCUCGUCUGGCCAGGGCCUCAUCGGGUCCUGCUGCCGUGGCUUCCCAGGUGCUGGCACACUCAGGCCUCGCCCCGGCCGUGCCCGUCUCCCAGCUGGCCGGCGUCCCCCUGGGCAAGGUGCUGUCCACGCUGCCAUCACCUGUACUCAGCAAGGGCCCCCAACAGGCUCCUCCCGCCACCGGUUCCCCAGCCUCACCACUGCUCGGCGGUUACACGGUGCUGGCCUCUUCGGGCCCCACCUUCCCUGGCACUGUGGAGCUGCACCCCGACGCCUCCAGCCUCACGGUGCUGAGCACCGCAGCCAUGCAGGACGGCAGCACCGUGGUGAAGGUGGUGAGCCCCCUGCAGCUGCUGACAUUGCCCGGCCUGGGCCCGGCCCUGCAGAACGUGACACAGCUUUCCCCGGGGGCCAGCACGGUGCUGGUGCCCACGGGCACAGUGGAGGGUGCUGGCGCAGCCCCAGGGCCAGAGGAGCACACGGCUGCCCUUGAGGUGGCAGCCAUGACCGAGGGCCCUGAGCACAAGUAGCCGGGGUCCAGGGAGCCGCCGAGGACACAGGCUGGCCUCUCGGGCAAUGGCCUGGCCUGGUGGGCCCCAGGGGCUGCUGAACCAAAGAGAGGAGACGCCAAACAGAUGAAGAUGCAAAGGGACAAGUGGGAGUGAAUGAGCUGCUGGGCUCGAGUUAGAAACUUCCCUUUUUCUCGGGGUGUGGGGGGGAUGUAGUUUCUCAUCUGUUGUUCAUUAACACUGUUUACACAUGCCCUGAGCGGGGUGCCUGGCAGACGGGCGGGCAUGGAGGUGCCCAAGACUGCCCUCCCCGGGUCUGAGCCUCUGGGGGGAACGUCAGUGACACCUGCCUUGGGGACUGUCCCCAAGAGUGGAAUCGCAUGGAUCCUAUGGAUUUGGUUACUUCCCACAGUUUUCUGUAGGGUUAGUGUGGCAGCCCCAGGUCCGCUUUCUGGAACGGACAGAUGGUGGCGCUGCUGCUGAGCCCACGGAGUCGGCCUCGGAGACACACGGGCAGGACAGAGCUGGGUGGGACCUGGCUUCAGGUGGGCCUGGGUUUGUGCAAACUCACCCUGGCUCCUAAGGAAUCCCUGCCCCCCGUACAGUGUUCCCACAGACAGACCCGUGGGAACUGUGGCUCUUGCAGCUGGGGGUGGUCAGUCUCCAGCAAGCAGAUGCUGAGGACCCCAUGCCAGACCACAUCUCCUGCCCUGAGGCUGGAGCCCCUUUCUGGGCUUCCCUGAGGGACUGUGUACUGGGUGGUUCUCUGCUUCUCUGGUUUGUCCCCGUUGGCUGGUUCUGUGUGUUGUUCCUCCUUCCCUAUUGGUGUCUGUCCACGUUUUUUUAACUCAUUUUUACUGAGUCCUAAGACUCUGGGGACCACAUGUGCGUCCAACUGUGGGUGGGGGGUUGUUGCCCAAGACUGUCUGCCGUCUGGCAGGGCCGAUCCAAGCCUCGGGGAGACCCAGGGUCCCCCAGGUCCCCUGGCCCACUGAGGGGCAGAGGGACCUGGACUCCACUUUGUACGUUGUUUUGAAAGUAUCUGCUUGGUACUUUGAUUUCAAAUAAAAGCAUUUUUCAUA